GCCCAAAUUCAAGACUGCCACAUACCGGCCCGAGCCGUGCAAGGCGGAUCAAUUUCGCUGCAUGGACAACGGCGAGUGCAUCCCCAUGAAGUGGAAGUGCGACGGCAACGAGGAUUGCACCGACGGCUCGGACGAGAAGAAAUGCAAGAAAGUGUGCGAGCCCGCGGAGUUUUACGCGACCUGCGGGGACGGCGUGACGUGCAUUCCGAAGACGUCGGUCUGCGACGGUGUGGCCGAUUGUCCCGACAGAUUCGACGAGUCCAACUGUUCUAAAGGGGUCACCGCUAAAAUCAAUGCCUUGAAGGGCCUAUCUGUUCCCGAAGAGGACCGCCUGAAAUUCCCAGACUGCCCCGCGGACUACUUCAAAUGCAAAACAAACGGGAAGUGCAUCAUGAACAUCUUAGUGUGCGACGACGAGGACGACUGCAACGAUGGCUCGGACGAAAAAAAUUGCGUGAAGCAGUGCCCGCCGACCCACUUCCAGUGUGAGUCGGACAAGACGUGCAUCAAGCGAAUAUUUCGUUGCGAUGGCGACGUCGACUGCGAGGACGCGUCGGACGAGAAGAACUGUCCCGUCGGUGGCCCUGGCGGAGGAGGCCACUAAGGGACCUCCCGCCACGAAUAUGGCGCAGCGGAGAACCACGACUCGAACACUGGCUCCGGAUACAUCACCAUCGCUUGACACUCCGACUCUACAUGCUGCAGGAAGCGGACACACUCACUGGUCAUCCGAACAGUUGCGCAUGCAACGAACUGAAAACGCGUGACAGACGGUGAAAACGAGAACUUUCCCGUCGUUGAAGUUGUUGGCUAUUGUCAUCAAUAUAAUGUUUCGUUGAAUCAUACUUCCACUGAGUGCCUGCGCAUGAUUUCGACAUAUUUUCUUGCUGUAGGUGCAUAUAUUAAACGAUGUUGCAU